GCUCGGGCGCCGGCCCCGCCUGUUGGAGGCGCGGGAUCCGGCGGCGGCGGCGGGCGGGCCGCACACAGGCCCGAGGAGCGCAGGCCGGGAGGUAGCGGCGCUGAGGGGAGGGUCCGGCGCCAUCGCCGCCGUCCAGCGCCGCCGUCCCGUCCCCUCGGCUGCCCGGCCGGGACCUGCGUGAGGCGGCGCGCCGCCCGCCCGGGCCGCCACCAUGUUCGACAAGACGCGGCUGCCGUUCGUGGCCCUGGAUCUGCUGUGUGUGCUGCUGGCCGGAUUGCCUUUUGCAAUUCUCACUUCAAGGCACACCCCCUUCCAGCGAGGACUGUUCUGUAAUGACGUGUCCAUCAAGUACCCUUACAAGGAAGACACCAUCCCUUACGCGUUACUGGGGGGAAUACUCAUUCCAUUCAGUGUCAUCGUCGCUGUUUUGAUGUACGGAGCGUCUGGGAAGAACGAAGAGAUGGUUCUCGGAGAAGCCCUGUGUGUUUACUGUAACCUCUUGCACUCGAAUUCCUUCGUUAGGAAUAACUAUGUGGCCACCAUUUACAAGGCCGUGGGCACGUUCCUGUUCGGCGCGGCUGCCAGCCAGUCCCUGACCGACAUCGCCAAGUACUCCAUCGGCAGGCUGCGGCCGCACUUCCUGGACGUCUGCGACCCAGAUUGGUCAAAGAUCAACUGCAGCAGCGAAGGUUACAUUGAAAACUAUGUCUGCCGAGGGAACGCGCAGAAAGUGAAGGAGGGCAGGCUGUCCUUCUACUCGGGCCACUCCUCCUUCUCCAUGUACUGCAUGCUGUUCCUGGCGCUCUACCUUCAGGCCAGGAUGCGGGCGGACUGGGCGAGGCUCCUGCGGCCCACACUGCAGUUCGGCCUCGUGGCCACGUCCAUCUAUGUGGGCCUUUCUCGCGUGUCCGACUACAAGCACCACUGGAGCGACGUGCUGACGGGGCUCGUCCAGGGGGCGCUGGUGGCCGUGCUGGUGGUGGUGUAUGUAUCAGAUUUCUUCAAGGAGAGAAAUUCUUUUAAGGAAAGAAAGGAGGAGGCUUCUCACACAAACCUGCAUGAAACGGCCUCGGGGGAGAAUCACUUCCGGAACAAUCAGCCCUGAAGGCGCGAGGCCCGAGGGAGAAGGGUGCUGCCCAGAGACGAGGGCGCGUCCGGUGUGCACAGCCCGGGAGGGACUCUGCUGCUAUCCCCACGCUCACUUCCCUGUGUGUACAUAGUUCCCCAACACGGCGGCUGUCCAAGCUCCAAGUCCACGAAGAAAUGUCAGCCUUUCAACAUGCCUCACCUGUACAUUUUUAUUAAAAACGCAAUGCUAUGUA